AUGACGAUCAGUACCAUAAGCUCUCCGCUGAAGGUCGGUCUCAGCUUGAUCGGCAUGUGGCCUGGUUCUUCGUGCGCGACAUUCCUCUGGCUCUUUUACAUGAUCACCCUUAUCAUCAUGCAGUACCACCAGUACUCCUAUGUGUACGCGCACUUGAACAUAAACGACUUCUCCAAGCUGAUGGACGGCCUGAGCGUCACUCUGGAUUACACCCUGACGUUCAUGAAGUUGCUGAGUCUUUGGCACAAUCGCCGAAUAUUCUCGGACAUAUUGGUCGCGAUGGACGACGACUGGAACGACAACUGCGUUACGGAUUCUCAUGCCUUAGUGAUGACGAGCAAGGCCACUCUGGCGCAUCGGUGCUCCAACGCCAUGAUGAUUCUCAACACCUUGUCCACUGUGUUUUACUUCCUCGGCAAUUACGUAAGUCACCGUACGAUUUCCGCAGAUGAACCUCGGGAGUUCCCGGUGCAAAUGCAGUUCUCGUUUAAUGCCACCAAUUCGCCGAUCUUUGAGUUCAUCGUUCUGGGAUUGUUUCUGCACGUGUGGGAGACGGCGGUGGUGAUAGCGAUGCUGAACUCAUUGAUUUUAACAUUGGUAAGCUAUUUCGAGGUCCUUCACGUGAGCGGACAAAUAGAUAUCAUGUGCCAAGGCUUGAGAGCAAUUUCCGUCACGGGAAAGUUCCAUCUGUCAACCACGAGAGCGCUCAUUGAGCGGCAUCAGCGGAUUAUAUCUUUGUCGAAUAAUAUCGACAAGUUCUUCUCAUUCGUCGCGAUGAUACAAUUCUUAUGGAAUACCGUGGUGAUCUGCACCAUAGGAUUCAUGAUCGUACUAUCUUUAGCCACGGACAUGGAGGGAAAAUUUGGAAUAUUGAUACAAUCAAUCAUUCCGUAUUUUGCGGUAACGUUAGAAGCUUUCGUUUUCUGCUUUGCCGGUGAAUAUCUGAGCACUAAGAGCAGGUCCAUUGGCGAUGCGGCAUACGAGACACUUUGGUACGAUCUGCCAAUUAAAGAAUGCCGACUUUUAUUACUGAUUAUCGUCAGGUCGCAGAAACGUUUGACGAUCACUGCUGGGAAUGUCAUGGAUUUGACUCUGGAAGGCUUCACGAGUGUCAUGAAAGCUUCGGCAUCUUACAUUUCGGUAUUGCAUGCUGCGUAUUGA